AUGUCAAAGCCAGUGGGACUCUUAUGGCUGUCUUUAAUUUUUACUCCUCUUUGUGUCAUGCUGAAUUCUAAUUUCCUCCUUUGGAUAACUGCCCUAUCAAUACGUUUUACACUUAUUGAGGGACAAGCACAAUACCCAAUUGUAACUACAAAUUAUGGCAAAAUCCGUGGUGUAAGAACACCCCUGCCCAAUGAAAUCCUUGGUCCUGUGGAACAGUAUUUGGGAGUCCCUUAUGCUUCUCCUCCAACGGGAGAGAGACGUUUCCAACCUCCAGAACCUCCUUCUUCAUGGACUGGGAUACGGAAUGCUACACAAUUUGCUGCUGUUUGCCCACAGUAUCUGGAUGAGAGAUCACUGCUUAAUGAUAUGCUACCGGUUUGGUUUACUGCCAACUUGGAUACUGUAAUGACCUAUGUGCAAGAUCAAAAUGAAGACUGCCUUUAUCUGAACAUCUAUGUACCAACUGAAGAUGGAGCCAACACAAAGAAAAGCACAGAUGAUAUAACCAGUACUGAUCGUGGGGAAGAUGAAGAUAUACACGAUCAGAACAGCAAGAAACCAGUGAUGGUCUAUAUUCAUGGUGGAUCAUAUAUGGAAGGUACAGGGAAUAUAGUUGAUGGCAGCAUACUAGCAAGCUACGGAAAUGUCAUUGUUGUAACCAUCAACUACAGGCUAGGGGUUCUAGGUUUCCUAAGUACUGGAGACCAAGCAGCAAAAGGCAAUUAUGGAUUACUUGACCAAAUUCAAGCUCUGAGAUGGAUUGAAGAAAAUAUUGGAUCAUUUGGAGGAGACCCCAAAAGAGUUACAAUUUUUGGAUCAGGAGCUGGAGCAUCUUGUGUUAGUCUCUUGACAUUGUCUCACUAUUCAGAAGGUCUGUUCCAAAAAGCAAUCAUUCAAAGUGGAACAGCCCUGUCCAGCUGGGCAGUGAAUUACCAGCCUGCCAAGUACACUGCAAUUUUGGCAGAAAAAGUGGGCUGCAACACUUUGGACACUACAGACUUAGUUGAAUGCUUUCGGAAUAAGAACUACAAAGAACUCAUUCAGCAAACAAUCACACCAGCUACAUACCACAUUGCCUUUGGGCCUGUGAUUGAUGGGGAUGUAAUUCCAGAUGAUCCACAGAUUCUAAUGGAACAGGGAGAAUUUCUCAACUAUGAUAUAAUGUUAGGUGUAAACCAAGGAGAAGGUUUAAAAUUUGUAGAUGGAAUUGUGGAUAAUGAAGAAGGCAUAUCUCCAAAUGAUUUUGAUUUCUCCGUAUCUAAUUUUGUGGACAAUCUAUAUGGUUAUCCAGAAGGGAAAGAUACUCUAAGAGAAACCAUUAAAUUCAUGUACACAGAUUGGGCAGACAAGGAGAAUCCUGAAACACGAAGGAAGACCCUGGUGGCACUUUUUACAGAUCACCAAUGGGUUGCACCAGCUGUUGCCACAGCAGACCUCCAUGCUCAAUAUGGUUCUCCAACAUACUUCUAUGCAUUUUAUCACCACUGCCAAAGUGAAAUGAAACCCAGUUGGGCUGAUUCUGCACAUGGUGAUGAAGUCCCUUAUGUGUUUGGUAUCCCCAUGAUCGGUCCUACUGAAUUAUUCAACUGCAACUUUUCAAAGAAUGAUGUCAUGCUCAGUGCGGUUGUUAUGACUUAUUGGACAAACUUCGCCAAAACAGGGGAUCCAAACCAGCCUGUUCCCCAAGAUACAAAAUUCAUCCAUACAAAGCCUAAUCGUUUUGAAGAAGUUGCUUGGUCUAAAUACAACCCAAAAGACCAGCUUUAUCUGCACAUUGGUUUGAAACCCAGAGUUCGAGAUCACUACCGAGCAACAAAAGUUGCUUUCUGGUUAGAACUUGUACCACACUUGCACAAUUUGAAUGAAAUAUUUCAGUAUGUUUCCACUACAACUAAGGUGCCACCGCCUGAUAUGACAUCAUUCCCAUAUGUUACCCGACGUUCUCCUGGGAAGUUUACUACCAAACGCCCAUUAAUGACUCCAAGCAACAAUCCAAAGCAUUCAAAAGACACCCAGAAAACCUCUCCAGAGGAUACAAGUGUUCUGAUAGAAAACAAGAGAGAUUAUUCCACGGAGCUAAGUGUUACUAUUGCUGUAGGAGCAUCAUUAUUAUUCCUCAACAUUUUGGCAUUUGCGGCCUUGUACUAUAAGAAAGACAAGCGACGUCAUGAGACACACAGACGGCCCAGUCCCCAAAGGAACACAACCAAUGAUAUUGCCCAUAUACAGAAUGAAGAAAUUAUGUCACUGCAGAUGAAACAGCUUGAGCAUGAUCAUGACUGUGAGUCACUGCAAGCUCAUGAUACCCUGAGACUCACCUGUCCACCUGAUUACACCCUGACUCUUAGAAGAUCUCCAGAUGAUAUUCCACUCAUGACACCCAAUACCAUAACCAUGAUUCCAAAUACAUUAACAGGAAUGCAACCUUUGCAUACUUUCAACACCUUCAGUGGAGGACAGAACAGUACUAAUUUGCCUCAUGGACAUUCCACCACUAGAGUAUAGCUCAGUCAUUCACCCAUCACAUACCACCUGGAAGAU